AUGGAACCAUAUUCGAGUGAUUUACUUUGGUUGGUGGUAUGUGGAUUUAUUGUAGCAUUUAUUUUGGCGUUCGGUAUAGGCGCUAAUGACGUAGCAAAUUCUUUCGGCACAAGUGUCGGCUCUAAAGUGCUCACACUCACACAAGCAUGCAUACUUGCAACUAUUUUCGAGAUCGCAGGCGCUGUUCUUAUAGGAUACAAAGUGUCAGAUACUAUGCGUAAAGGUAUAUUAGACGUUUCGUUGUACGCUGACGGAGGGGAAAGGUUGCUCGCGGCUGGUUGCCUUGCGGCUCUGAUUUCUGGAGCCACAUGGUUAAUCCUGGCAACAGCGUUGCGUCUCCCAGUCUCGGGCACACAUUCGGUUGUAGGAGCGACUGUUGGUUUCACACUGACGGCUAAAGGUCCGAUCGGUGUCCGGUGGUCAACCCUCGGGGCCAUUGUGUUGUCAUGGUUUAUUUCUCCAGCACUUAGUGGAGCAGUAUCAGCACUGUUAUUUUGGUUGGUCCGAAGGUUUAUACUUCGCGCUUCGCAGCCAGUGAGUGCGGGACUGCAGGCGUUACCAUUCUUUUAUGGAGCCACUAUAGCUGUUAAUGUACUCAGUGUAGUUCACGAUGGUCCCAAAUUGCUGGCUAUGGAUAAAAUCCCGCUAUGGCUAGCGUUGGUGUGUUCUCUGGCCCUCGGCGCUGUGGGAGCAGUAUGCGUUCGCUUCUUUCUUGUACCCUACUUUCGACGCAAUCUCGUCCCGCCUCCUGUUAAUUUUACUCUCGGUCCAUCAAAUGAAACGACGCCAGCUAAUACUCCAACACACGGUAAAAACAAUGCACCUCAACGUCCAACAUCCUUACUUUCUGAAGAUGGAAAACUUCUAGAAGCCAUCGCCGAGAGCGCCGAAAUGGUAACACUGAGCGAUGCAGACAAAUGUACAGCCGGGGUUAAAGAAAUCAAUGCAAGAAACCGAGCUCUACUAGCUACGAUGGAUGACUGUAGCAUAUUAUCUAGAAGCUUAAGCCCCCCCAAUAAGUCACGGUUGCAGUUGAUCGAUGCCGAUCCUCAAAUAAACACAUUAAAAUAUAUAGAUGAGACGUUGAGUUGUUGCAAGAGUUUAGAUUCAGCCCAACUAGUUGGGAUGGGAGAGAGCUAUGAUUCAAAAAACGGUUUUCUAGGCGAUUCGUGUGAUACGAUAGCACGCGGUGAAUUGGGGCGUCUGUCCGCUUUGAGAGCUGCACCUGCUAUGGUAGAGUUCGAAACUCCUCCACCAAGAUUAGACAAGGCUCCGGAUACGGGCAGCGCGUGGAGCGUCGAGUGCGCGUCCCGGGGCGCGCGGCUGGCGGCCAUGACGCCCAACUCCAGCGCCGCGCCGCUGCUGCGCGCCACCAGCCCCGCGCCGCCCGCGCCGCCGCCGCCGCCACCCCCCGACGCGCUGCGCCUCUUCUCCUUCCUGCAGGUGCUCACCGCCACCUUCGGGGCUUUCGCGCACGGCGGCAACGACGUCAGCAAUGCCAUCGGUCCACUAGUGGCGCUAUGGUUGCUGUACUCGGAAGGCGGUGCACACGCUCGCGCUGAAACGCCGCUCGCCAUACUUGUGUUUGGAGGAGUGGGCAUCGCGCUCGGUCUGUGGUUGUGGGGCCGCCGCGUUAUCCGCACAGUAGGCGAGGACCUCACCAGCAUCACGCCCGACACUGGGUUCACAAUCGAGCUGGGCGCAGCUCUCACCGUGCUGGUGGCCAGCAAGGCGGGGCUGCCUAUUUCUACAACACAUUGCAAAGUGGGCUCCGUCGUAUGCGUCGGCUACUUCUCCGAGAAGACCGUCGACUGGAGUCUUUUUAGAAACAUAAUAUUCGCGUGGUUGGUGACCGUUCCAGCCGUCGCGGGUACUGCGGCACUCGUUAUGUUAGCUCUAGAAGCUUUAGUUGUUUAAACACAACAUUUGUUACUCUGAUUGAAGUUAUAAAUAAUAUACUGUAAUGACUUUCG